CGUCAGUCUCUGGACAGAAGGAGGUAGUGAUCCACUGGGCGAAGAGGUCUGGGCGGAGAAUAUUGUCGGAGGAGGAGUUCCCCCUCCCCAGGACCACGGCCUAGGGGACGAGGGCGGGGACCGGUACCGCCCAGUUUUACCCACAUAGUAGAGGGUGGAGAGAGGAGUUCUCGCGGUACCCGCCCAAGGCCAGGGAGCCGGUGGCCAAAGGAAAAGCGAGGACGUGGGUAAAGAGGCCAAGCGAACGAGGGCUGCUGGGGACUCCGUCGGCAGUCGGGAGGCGCCACCGAAGGGUGCUUUGGCGGCGGCGCCCCGACAACAACUUCUUGUUGCCCGAAGUCCGCGGGAACCAGGCGGGGCCCUGGAGGCCCCGGGGACAUGGGGCUCGCGCCCUUCGCGCUACCGAGGCGCCUGAGGGGCGGAGGCAAGCAGGCGGGGCGGAGGCGGGGACCCCACGGGGAGGAGUCGAGAGGCCUAGAGGGCUUCGCGGAUGCUGUGUGCGGCUGGCGGCCGGCACGGACCGGCCGGAGAGGGAUCUUGGUUCCCAGGACAGCCCAAGGAGGCAGCCUAGAGGGCGGACAGACAGCAGAGGGCCAGCAUGCCCCCACUGCUGCACCCCGCCCUGCCGCUGCUCCUGGGCGCCACGCUUACCUUCCGGGUGCUGCGGCGUGCGCUCUGUCGCCUGCCCCUACCCGCCCACGUGCGUGCCGACCCCCUGCGUACCUGGCGCUGGCACAACCUGCUGGUCUCCUUCGCCCACUCUAUUGUAUCGGGGUUCUGGGCGCUGUUGUGGGUCAUGCUGUCUCACCUGAUUCCCUGCUUGGAAUCUUAUCCAACCAGAAGCUGAAAUGGCCUCAGGCGAGGGAGAAGCUUACCUGGGAAACUGAAGGCACCUGGGUUUCGGCCAAGCCCCUCCUUGCUCCCCAUGUAUGGCAGACCCCCGAGAUGCUGGUGGAGAUUGAAACAGCAUGGUCGCUUUCUGGCUAUUUGCUCGUUUGCUUCUCCGCAGGGUAUUUCAUCCACGACACGGUGGACAUCGUGGUUAGUCGUCAGGCUCGAGCUUCUUGGGAAUACCUUGUCCAUCAUAUCAUGGCCAUGGGUGCCUUCUUCUCAGGCAUCUUUUGGAGCAGCUUUGUUGGUGGGGGUGUGCUGACACUACUGGUGGAGGUAAGCAACAUCUUCCUUACCAUCCGCAUGAUGAUGAAGAUCAACAACGCCCAGAAUCUCCUUCUCUACCGGGUCAACAAGUAUGUCAACCUGGUCAUGUAUUUUCUCUUCCGCCUGGCCCCUCAGGCCUACCUCACCUGGUUUUUCUUGCGUUAUGUGGGCCAGGGGACUCAAGGCACCUUCCUGCUGGGUAUUCUCCUCCUGUUGGACGUGAUGAUCCUCAUCUACUUUUCCCGACUCCUGCGCUCUGAUUUCUGCCCUGAGCGUAUCCCCAAAGGGCAGCACAAAGACAAAUUCUUGACCGAGUGAAAGACAGGGCAAGAACCACAAACAUGGCCAAGAACAAAAACAGCCUCACAUGUAAACUGGGACUUAGCCCCAAGUUUGGGCAUCCUCUGAGCCUCUCCUCCAGAGCCUCCACUCACACUAUUGAAAACACUAAUGAAAG